UAUUAAAAAGUGUCAAAUCACCUAAAAAUAUUAAUUUUUAGUUUAUGAAAUUAUAGUUUUUACGUUUUGGCUCUUCGGCGUUUGUCAGUGUGCAUAUUUUCAGAUUGAUUAAAAAAAAACUUGACAUUUGGACUUGAUCUAUCCACGCUACGUCACUUUAUUCAAAAUGGCGUUGGGGGUGCAAUGCGGUGUUUCCGCAGAAACAAGUAGGCAAGAAUUAUGAUUAUAAUGCACUCAAAGACUUCAAAACAAUGAUAGUGAGUGCGUCUUGGUAGUGCUCGUGUUCUAAACAUAUACCUGCCCUUACAGUUAGUCAGUGUUCUCUUUACACGUGUUUACAUCGUAAUGCUGCGGAGAGUUAACUUUUAUUCGAUAUGUUUCGCAUUCGGCCUCAGUGUAUUGUUAAUUCUUGCUGGAAGUCGAUAUACAGAUAACACAAAUAACCGUCCAUACCCAGAGAGUCGCAGGAAUAUUAGGAACUUCCUGAGGAUUGAGGAUGGAGAAGAACUAUUCCCGCAGCCCAUUCCGACAAACCCUUACGACGGGUCACCGAACAUUGACAAAAUACUGGAGAAGACUAGAGGAAAAAUCAAACUUGAGUUAUCAAAUUACAAUUUCACACAUUCAGGGGCAAAAAAUUUGCAGGACUUACUCUUAGAAUCCGGGGGUAAGCCUUUGAGGAGCCUCAUUAUAUCGACAUGGAGAUCUGGCACAACGUUUUUGGGUGAUAUUUUGAAUGCAGUGCCUGGAAAUUUCUAUCACUAUGAGCCACUUUUGAGCUACGAGAUAAUUCAGAUCAGAGGCCCUCCUCAGGCAGACAAAGCAUUAAGCACUAUCAAGGGCAUGCUCAACUGUGACUUUAAAAACAUGGAAGACUAUUUUAGAUACGGGAUGGGUCAUUUGCACCAGUUCAGCCACAACACGAGAUUAUGGGACCACUGUAAACAUAAGAAAGAACUGUGUUAUGAUGCUGAAUUCACUUCUAGAUUUUGUAGGUUGUUCCCGUUCCAAAGUAUGAAGAUUGUGCGGCUUCGGCUACGAUUAGUGCGGGACAUUCUGGAAGACCAUGAGCUUAACGUAAAAGUGGUGCUGUUGAUCCGCGACCCACGUGGCGUCAUGCAGUCACGGCAGCACCGCGGCUUCUGUCAACCAGCUCCGGACUGUUGGCAGCCUGAAUUGCUCUGUGCUGACAUGAUAAGCGACUAUGUAGCUGCGGGAAGGCUGCAGCAGCAAUACCCAAACAGGCUCAUGGUACUGCGCUACGAAGAGUUGGCCCUGGAGCCCACUACCACGACGCUCCGGCUGUUCAAGUUCUUAGGGCUAAGCCUGACGCCCGCCGUCGACGAGUUCCUUCACUCGCACACCAACAUCGAGGUGGCCGGCGUCAGCUCCACUUUCAGAGUGUCCCGUGACGUGCCGUUCCGGUGGAAAAAUGCUCUGGACUACGAAUACGUUGAGGAGAUCCAGAUGGCAUGCAAGGAGGCUAUGGAGCUGUGGGGAUACCGCAUGGCCUACAACGUGACCCACUUGGCUAGCAAAGAGUUUUACCCCUUAGAAACAUACUCAAUUACACAAUGAUAUUACGUAACACAUGAACAAAGGGAAGAAUAAUGCUAGUUAUUUCACGUUGUUAAUAUACAAAUUGGUAAUGUAUAAUUUUAUUUAUUUAGCUAGUAAUGAACUGUGCAGCGCCGGCCUAGUCAAGCGCGUCGUGUUAAAGCAAAUCUGUCAGGUGUCUUCCCCAAAUAUCUCUAAAGCAAGUACUAGUUUUCUAAAGGCACAUGUGUUCGUGCUAAAAGUAAUUGAGUUAUAAUUUUGUGGUUAACUUACAUGUUGUAGUUAUCGUUUGAUUUGUAAAUUCUAGUAUAUUUAAUGAAAUUCUCUUAGUGAAGGCGAUUUAAACCCACGAAAUUUUGGAACAUUCCAGAUUGUUGCUAUUGCAAAUAUGGUCAGCUAGAAAAUGAAGUAACGAAAAUAGUAGUUCUCAAUACUGAACCAGUAUUAUUAAACUGUCUAGAAUAAUAUUUUUUUAGAGGACACUUUAGUUUGUGCCCGAUACAUACCAGUAACUAACCGAAUAAAGUGAUGUCUUGAUGGAAACAGAACAUGAGUAAAAAACGGUGAGAUGUGAAUGUAGCGGUUAUGUAGUAUUGGAAAGUAAUUUAGUUUUCCAUUAGUUAUCUGCAAAUUAUUGGGACAGGAUUAAACAUGUCGAACAUUUUCGGUUGGUUCAAUGAAUCUAACGUAUGGAACGGGCACUCAACGCCAUUCAUACUUAUAUUUUGUGAAGACUGAAUGCAUUUCCAGCGUUAGUCCUUACUCUUCCAGAUAUUAUACUAACAAAUGAAUUAGCUCAGUAGAAUGUUUGCGCUUUAAUAUCGACUCCAGUAAUGUCAUGAAGUAAUGUUAGAUGUAAUUAGUGAGCUCAGGUUGUGUACAACACCGCGGUGUGUCGUUAUAUCCAAAUGUAAAAGAUGGACCAUUUAAAUUACGAGAGGUCAAAAUUGCUUGAUUAAUCAAUAUGGUAAUAUAGUUAAAAGCAAUGUAUACAAGUACAUGUGUACGAGCAAUUUUUGUCUCUUCUACUUAAUGCAUUUUAAUUACGAAUAAGCUUAGGCAUUAGCACUCACGGAAUUGACGAAUUGUUAAUGCUUCCAGUUUAGACACUGUAUUGUAGUUUAGAGAGCGUUAUUGUACGAACAAGUGGCUGCGAUCGGCCAGUAACGUUAGACAGGGGACGGGCGGGCGCGUUUUGCGCUCGCCUGGUGUGAUACCUUUACAUUUGUAUUGUGGCUUUUCAAACUAGAGAAUAUUCGGUUACGCUGCUCGAAACACCAACUCACUAAGUGCUUACUUUACCAAACACUUGGUAAAAUAACAAGUAAUUACUACUUUGUCCGGCACACGCUUGUCCGCGUCGGAUGAGAUAAAGAAAACUGAAUAAUCUCCGUCCAUGAGAUAAAUACGAUCGUCGAUAUCAAACCCCGAAGCUUAGAACUGACGAUUCCGGGCCGUCGUAAUAUAUGUAAUAUUACAAGAUAAUUCACAUUGACUCAAAAAUACACGUUUUGAAGAAUUACUUGCACAGUAGGUACCUAAUAAAAAGCGGCGGUGCGCCAAUAGUAUUCGUAGGGAAGCGGGAGCUAAUUUGACUUCACUUGUCUUCAUGGGGUGAAGUAAAAAUACUCAACUAGGAGCGUUCCAUGAAUUUGUCCACCGUUGUCUCGUACAAACGCGAGUUUUCUGAAUAUUUCUAGGUACCAGCGUUUCCUUUUGUGUGACUAAUAGCCAAAAAUAUACACAAAAAUAAUCACCUGCUUUAAACGCAGAUAAAAUAGUCACAACACAGGAAAUAAAAUGCGUCCGUACGGAACAUCCCGUGGAAUGCUCCACCAGCUGAAAAUUAAGCAAGCCAGCAAGUAGGAAUCGAGUGCUAUGAGCGCUCCGCUUCUGGUACCUUUAACAUUCACGAUUUGGAUGAGUGUUAUUUGUAAACCGCAAUCGUGUUGCUUUUGAAUUUUAUUCGCUUAGUUUACAAAGGUGUUUAAGUAAUAGUUAAGUAGUAAAAUAAUUGGAUUUACAGUAAAAUAUAACAUGGUGUCAUAUCGUUUUUCGGGACGCCAGCGACCACGUACUAAGUCCGUGUCCGCGACUUGUCUCGCGCGUCAAUAACGCAACAAAUUGAACUAAACGUAGUGAGAUUCAUUAAGUGCACUUGUUUGUAAGGUAGCUACCUAUAGGUUUAACGAUUGAAAUGUUGAUGCUAAAUUUGAAUGUAUUACUUUCGCGUGUCUUUGGUAUUUGAGGUAGAUUAUAGAAUUACUUUAUUGUUUAUCUUUAAUACUAUACUUACAUUGAAAAUAAAUGCAAGUAAUAGAUUAGUUAUAAAUAAUAAUAAUCCUAACCAUGAACGCACGCGCAACAUUACAUUAGUAUAAAGAUGAAAUACCUAGGUACUGAAGUAAGUAUUUAAAAGUAUUGGCUACGAACAUUCUGCAAAGACUCGUCUUUACGUAAUUAUAUAAAAUAGCAUAAAAAUUUAAGAGUAUAGGUAUUUUGAAGUCCCGUUGAUUACAAGGCCUUAUGUUCACUUAUUAGAAGUGCUUAUAUUAGGCUUAGGCAGUCUAUUUUCAAGAAUAAGGAAAACAUUCAUAUGUUUGUAUAAAAUUCACAUUGUUAAACCGUUGUGGUACGACUUGGUCGACUUAGAAUAAGCAGCCGAUCUAAUAAAUAUAACUUACACGCAGUGCAAGGGGUGUACCGAAAAGAAAACUGUAAAUUUCAAAGAGCUAUAAUAUUGUUUAUAUAAUAUAUAGAAUAUUCUAAGCCAAGUCGAAAAUCAUACAUUUUCUUUCGUAAAAAAAUGUCACACUUGAAUGAGAUACGAUUUUUCAAAAGUAACCAGGCUUCGAUGACAUUCAAUUUGCACGUCACUAUGAUGUCACAUGUCCGUAUUACGAAUUUUCAAUCUGACGGUCACGUGACACCUGACGCCCUGACGCGAGUUUAACACUUUUUCCCCAUCACAAAAAGUGCACAGCGCCGCUAAAGAAGUUUUCACUUAAAAAAUCGCAUUUGGUAAUUGACAAAGAGCAAAGUAAGAGCACCAACUGUCCUGCAGUUCUCUCGACUAUUGUUGGGGUCUAACCAAGAGUGUAUUAUAAGGGAAGGAUAAAACAGACAAAAAAUAUCAACAACUCUGUGUUGGGCUGGUGCAGGCAAAUAUGAAAAACAGAUCCGUAAAAAGCUGCCACUGAAUGCGCUAGAAAGAAACUGCCUAUCACUUCUACAUAAAAAUAAUUAAUUGAAAAAAAAAUCUGGUAAUUAUCCAAAUUAAAAGCGGUUUUUUAUAGUGGCUAUCCUAAAAUAGAUAGUUUCUAAUUAAUUGCAGCAGUUUAUUUUUCAUUUAAAGUUACAGUUUUUUUUUCGGUACAGCCGUUUAAGGCCACCCAGGAUCAGUUUUCAACUGACACAUUCCACUGACGAGUAUUCGUUGAAAUUACAGAUGCUUAAACUGUUCAGUGAAAACUGUCACGUAAACCAGAUUUUCUGAGUUGCUGAUUUAAUUGAUUUGGUUGGUUUUUAAGUCUGCCAAAGCACCUUUGGCCCAAUGGCGACACAGCAGAUUAAUGUACCUAAAUUAUUUUUCAGUUUUAACAAGUUUAACAUUCUAAGUUCUAACUGAAGCGUUAUCUAUGAUUAAUUGAUUAAACUUGUUAAAUUAUCAACUAAACACUUCUUGGGUAGCUUGCCCUAAUACCUAAGUAUAAUAACUUAUAGGCGGGGGUCCACACAGAGUGAGCAGCCUCGCGAAGAAUAUUCGCGUGAAGCAGCCAGUGUAGACGUGUUUCAGCCGAGGCGGCGCGCGCGUUUGCCUCAGCCGAGCCGAUCGGUGUCGGUAUUUCGGCAUGCUCAGAGGCGCAACAGGUAGUAGGUGGGUAUGUGCCGGCGCCAUUUUGAACAGAUGACUGAGGGACGCCAUCUUGAAACAUCGCCAUAAAAUUUAAAGGAACACGCUGCCACGCCAGGUUGGGCUUUGUUUCGUCCCUCAAUUUCCUAGCGAGGCUUCUCUCUCUGUGUGGAUCCGCCUAAUGGACUAUAGUGAUAAUAGAUUUAGUGCAUUUUACACACGUAAAUGGAAAGGCCGGCUUAAAUUAUUCCCAAUGAUCGGCGCCCGGUAGCAAUUUUUCGACGAAAGUAUUAUAUGGAUAUGAUUCCAUUUAAAUUUCAUGCAAACAUUAUAUAAAAAUGUAAGCAGUUUUUUAAAGUAUUUUUGUUUUAUUACGAAUUUGAUAAAAGCGAUAAAAUAUCGGUUUACAAUCUGUUGAUGUAGAAAGGUUGAAAGGAUUAUUUUAUAUAAAUGGAUCCUCAAUUUUAAAAGGAAUCGAUUGACUAUAUCUAACAUAGAAAAAAAUAUAUAUAUACUUAGAUUUUCAGGGAGUUUUUAACAAUAUAUAAUAUGUAUAUGGUUUAAUUUUAACAACACAAACUUAUCCAUAUUCGUCAUUACGUUUGACGUUAAAGAUACACAAAAAGGCUAUCGGUCGCUGAUCACUGAUUUCCUUAGCUUAAUUAUUCGUAAUUAAAUAUAAUUCAUAAAAUACAAUAACUCUAUACUCGAACAAUUAAGAUACUGAUUAGGAAUAAGAUUAAUAAGCAUGCUUUUCGAAAUCUUCGUAUAUAGUAAGAAUAGGUUCCGGACAGGCCUACUGACUUUAAACAUAUUUGUGCUUGGCUCUAUAAAGUUCAGAAGUUGAACAAAACUAAGUUUAGUCUGGACCGAUAGAAAUCGAAAACUGUCAACAAACCUAUUUAUUUUAUUAGUUUUAUUACCUGCUCCGUGAGCUCUCACCUUGUAAGGACAAUAUUUAUCCUAUCAAUAAUUAAUACAACAAACAUAGGUCUAUAGUAAAUGAUAGGUUAAGAUUAUUUUACCUAUAUUUACUAUUAAUUAAACCUGUUAAUUAUUCACAAUUCAAUAAAAGAAGACUUUGCAAUAAUAUUACAUUAUUUGUCAAAUGUGAGCCAAUUCAGGUUCUCCGUCACUCAAAUAUGCAAGAGCGUUUAAGAGGCGAUAACUGUCUAUUUUCGUGGUGACUGUCUUUUUUCUAUGGGUCCUGGCUAUGAAUGGGUGAAUCAACUUUUUCUUGUCACUCGUUGCCAUGGUACUCUUUAAAUUAAACCAUGGGGCUUUAUGGCAUUUAAAUUAAGUAAACACACAUUUUUGUGGUACUUAUAAGCCCACAUAAUGGGUCAUCUACCAAGCAUGUUCAAGUGUUUUUCAAACUCGAUGUACGUAUGCUGACAGAAGUUAUUUCAAUAUUAUUUUGCGAGAUUUGACGUUUUAAGGUUAUAUAUUUUAACGUCUUAAGCUUCGCAGUCCUACCUACAGAACUUAUUAAGUUCAAAGAAAUUUAUAUCACCGUCCUACUUUGCUCCAAUAUUUGCUCCGCUUUAAGAAAAUUAUUUUUUAAGUAUUAAUUAUUUAGAUGAAUUAAAUUAAUUAAUAAUAUGAUAUGAAAAAAAAAAACAUGUUAUCUAAUAUCAGUAAAUCAACAUUAUGAAAUGUUUUUUUUUAUAUAUUUGAAGCACAUUGAACCCAUUGUUUGGGGUAUCUUUGCUCCUAGUCUCCUACCAACAGUUUACUUAGAGGCGCAUUGUUACCCCAUUGUGCACCAAAUUAAUAGAUGCACGCCAAAAAGGGAUUAGUUUAUGACCACCGUAGCAGUUCAAAAUAUAUAUUCCUUUUCAUCUGAGUAUAUAAACAAUAUGUUACCUGUAUAAAUAUAAUUCUUAUACAUAUUAGACGUCAAGUCAUUUUAGAUUUUUUGAAUUGGAGCAUAACUACCCACAGGGAUUUUACGGCAUUUUCAAUUGGAACUAUUUAAACAAAACAAAAUCAACUCUGUUUCUUACACUAUAGUUUCAAAUUUCUCUGACAAAUUUUGGAUUUUUUCCUUGUAUGGCUGGGUCUUAGGAGGAUACGGAGAUGAUACCUGUCACUGCUUAUCGAGUUUGAAAAAUAAUAUAGUAGAACGUGCUUUUCUAACAAACUUUGCCACUCUUAAUUGUCUCUUGGCUGACGAGGGGGAAUAAUAGCAAGAAAUUGUUGAUCCACGCAUUCAUCAAAUACAUUAAUACGGCAACUCAGUAUACCUAGCUUUUUACGGAUUUGAGAUUUGGAACAGACCUUCGAUAGGCAUGUUUGUCAUAGUUUAAUCUCUUAUGCGUAUAUUUUGUGCAAUAUUUAUCUAAAUCUAGGUUCUAAAAUAAUAUUGGUAUUGCUAUACCUAUAAAACGUGCCCCUAAUCUCUGGACGUACAUUAAACGUACAUAUAAAUUAAGGUCUUUCUAACUUUGUAUACUAAGUAUUAUAAAAUUCUGUUCAGUAUUUAAGGAGAAAUUAACGAUUUACGUUAGUUUGCCCUUGAGCAGAUGUGUUGUGACAUAGGAAACGUCUGAUGCUGAUUAGUUGGAAAUUAAUUUCGUUAAUAAAUUAAGCCUUUUUCCUUUAAUCUCAUGAACAUAAUCGAUUUUAAUAUAUUUCUAUGUAGGGACGAGAUUUUGGCUUGUGUCCAGAGGCUCAUUUGUGCAUUCAGUGAGAAGUAAAGUCACUAAAGGCAAUGACGCAAGGCGUCCAUGCCUGCGAAAAUAUCCCGAAAGUUAGGCAUACAUAUACAAUAAUUAUAAAUAUAUAAGAUAACAGUAACUGAUUCGGAGAAAGGCCGUUUAUAGCCCUGCUUACUUCGUACGGGAAAGUUUAUUUAGCGAUUAGGUACUACUUAUUAGCCUAAAGUACUCGGCGCUUUGGCUUAAAUCGAUUUUGAACAAGAUUUUAUUAUAAUGUUUAUAAAUAGAGAAGCAAAAUCUACAAUUUAAUUAUUGAUUUGAAUGUAGUUACAAUUCCACUCCGUAUAGGAAUCUGGGUAAAACAUACUUAUCAGGCAGCUGUAUUAGUAACCUGCAUCUAUUAUGUGUAUUUUAAGUGAUAGUUAACAACAGUUACAUGACUUACAUGUAGAUUGGUAAUAAUCCAUCCAUGUUUUUGAUUUAACAUAUUCACUGUCCCAAUCUGAAAUGUCAAUCUUAUGGCUUUGUAAUUGAGACUUGCCAUGACCCAUAUACGGGGCACGGACAGUGAACCUGUUAAAAGGCCAUAAUCGAGGGAAAAGAUUUUUUGAUCGAAUUUCAAGCAUAGGGAUAAGCUUAUUCACUUUGUGGUGAGCGCCACUGGGUGUUAAAGUGUAAAUUAUCUAUUAGAAUACUCAGUUUAAACCUAUUAUUUCGAGAUGAAUAGUAGUUAGGGCGUGGACUGGACGCACGCGACCGGCGGAGCGACGAGCGCCGUUCAUACGUUUGGUCGAGCGCAAAGGCCUUGAUCUGCCGUUCGUCACUCCGCCGGUGGCGUGCGUCCAGUCCGCGACCUUACAUUUGGUCAUUAAUACCGGGCUACGUAAUAUCUUAACAGCUCGAGUGCUCAAAUAGAAAAAAAAACUUAUACAGGGCGAGUUUUGAAUGUAUUUAAUAUGUAAUCAGUAUUUCCAGCUGUGUUCAUUUCUGCCUCCAGUCAGAAACGCAACCAACUUGAAAACUUUAAAUAUAGUUAUACAGGGUGGGCAAAUAACACAAAAUUGUGAAGAAAAAGUGCAAAAUUUACUUAAUAUUUUUUCAUAAAUAUAUUAUUCAGCGUUGCCAAUUGUAUACGGAAGGUGGUUUCUACCAAAUGUCUACCUCUAGUAGCAAGCAUUUUUUUUUUCAAAUGUAUGUGUUGAUUAAAACACGUUGUUUACUCGAUUAAUUUCGAGGAACAGGGACAGUGAUUAGCACCCAAAUUCUUCAGAUUUUGCAGCUCUUGACUUAUUUCUGUGGAGCCAUGUAAAAUUGCGUGUCUAUGCUAUUCAUGCAUUAACUGAUGAAAUUCAAUCAGUUAAAACCGACCAUCCGGCACAAAUUUACCAAGAUAACGCCGAAAAUGUGCGAAAAUAUGCUGAAGAUUGCCAUGAUAAGAGCUCACAUUUGCCUGCUGUUAGUGGUGGACAUAAUAAUGUUAUGACAUUAGACAUUAUGUUCCGCAUGUAUUUGACAAUCCUGAGCGAUAUAUUUUUAAAACAAUAUUUAAUAAUCUUUGGACUUAAUAUAGUUAAAAUUUGAAAAGAAAGUCUAUACUUCUUAUUUGCCCAUCCUGAAUGAAAUUGUGUUUCAGGACUAUUUAGUAUUUGGCGAUAUUUUAGUUGACUCUAAAAGCUAAUAAUACUUCCAUUAUUUGCUGUUAGUGUCGCCAACGAGACAACAUUUCGCUUAAUGCAUUGCCAUUUAAGUAAUGUGUAUGCGUUUACGAAGUAAUACAACAAAGUCAAUAAAAAGCCAUCAAUUACUAAUUAAGACAACAUGCUUCCUAAUAGAUCUGACAAUAUAAUAAAAUAUUAUGUUAUGCCUUAACGAAAUACUGGUAGUGAUAUAGUUAAGAUUUUUUUUAUUGAAUUGCAUGUUAGAAACUAUAUUAGACUCAUAAUUAUUUAGUAACGCCGAUCUGGGAGCUGGCUGGAACCAGUGUAGAUUUUUUAUCAUAUCAUUAGCAUAUCAUAAGGUACUGAUUAUACACGAAGUGAGUGACCCGAUCACGAUAAACUUUCGCUUGCGCCUAUUAUGAGGAAUUUAUUCGGUAAGCUGAUGUACGCUUAUAUUGGCUAUUUAUUACGUUACGUGUUCUUAUAAUGCUCCUAUGUUUAUAAUUAAAGUUUGUUAUGUUUUAAGAUUUUAAUAGGCUAAAGUAAAUUAAUUUACUUAAUAAUAGCAGAUACUUACCUACUCGAAAUUUAGAUCAAACACUAUUGUUCAAAAUUGCUUAUUAAUUUAAGAUUAUCUUUAGAGGACAUUGUAAGCAAUAAAGUUCAGCCCAUUUGAUUGGAAGCGGUAGAAUUUAAGGGUAGCCUUAUUAGUGUAAGAGUUAAUCGAGUGAUUUAAAUGUUAAAAGUUAUACUCAGUAGGUAGGUAGGUAUAGCACGGCAGCAUACUCAUUGCAAACAUUGUAUUCAUUAUCUUUUGUCUUAAGUUUUUAAGUUACAAUAAAAUGGAUGAGCCGUUCCAA